UCCUGUUCGUUUGACAGAGUGUAUUUCACAAACCACAGCUUGUGUGCCUUCACUUUUGGCUUUUUAUCCUUUGAUAAGCAUGGUGGAGAUAUUACUGUGGGCCUGGAUUAUCCUGGACUCGGGGGUGUGUUCGGUCUCACUGCCAGGAAUCACUGAUGGGAAGUUCAUUGAUGAAUGUGUGAGGGAACACAACUGGGCGCGAUCAUCCGUCAGUCCACCUGCAAGUAACAUGCUGUACAUGUCAUGGGAUGAGGGCUUGGCCAUCACUGCAAGAGCGUGGGCAAGACACUGUGUGUUUGAACACAACACCUACCUCAAAGAUGUCCACCGCAUGCACCCUACCUUCACCUCUGUAGGAGAGAACAUAUGGGCAGGCUACCCACCAUCAUCAUUUAAUGUGACGCAGGCCAUAAAAAGUUGGGUGGAUGAAAAACAACACUAUGACUACAACAGCAAAAGCUGUACAGAUGUCUGUGGCCACUACACACAGGUUGUGUGGGCAAACAGCUACAAGGUUGGCUGUGCUGCCCAGCUGUGCCCGAAUGGUGUCAGUAACUUUGAUAGUCGAGAGAGUGUUGCUUUUGUGUGCAACUAUGCUACAGGCGGUAAUGUGAACAGAAGGCAACCAUAUGCAUCUCAGGGGGCAGCCUGCUCUGGAUGUAAAGACACCUGUCAGAAGAAACUCUGCCGUAGCCAGGAACGAGAUUCACAGAAAAGCUACAACUGGACCCCAGACUGGGACCCUGCCCAGGACCCUACCCAGUCUACCAGCGGCUCCAACUAUGUGACUAUUCUGGCUGUCCGGCCCGUUGCCCUCAUCUUCACCUUCAUCACAGCGUAUGCAGUCCACCACUUCUACCCCGAUGUCUUCUGCUAUGAAUAGACCACCUGUGUUGACCCGCAGGACAUGGCCUUAUUCAGCCAGUGCUAAGAUGAAGAUUUAAGUUUAAUUAAAACCUUUUAUUGUUUGUCAAUAGACAGCUUUUAAGUCGCAGCAGAGUUGUACAUAAACUGUUAAAAAUACAUGCAUUCUACCCACCAGCUUGUUUGUAGAGCCACAAAUGACACAGCUAGCCACAGUUUUAAGCCAUCAGGCAGGAAACAAGCGAUCAACUAAACCUCAGGUUUGGGAGCGAAAACUAGGGUGAACUCACCCAAAACGUCCACGUGUUCGUUCAUUUUACUGCACAGUGGUGUACAGUUACUACAUUAGGUUAAAGCUGCACUAAUCAAUAUUUUUAUAUAUAUAUGAAUUAGUCAAAUGACUAUGAAAUGUAAAAGGAGUUGCUCAUAGCGAUGAACCCACACUCAAUACCCCAUAAUGACAAAGCAAAAACAGGAUUUUAGAUAUUUUAGCAGAUUCAUAUAAAAAAAAUAAACCAUGAAAUUUCACAUUGACAUAAGUAUUCAGACCCUUAAUGCAAUACUUAAUUGAAUCACCUUUGGCGGCAAUUACAGCCUUGAGUAUGACGUGACAAGCUUCACACAGCCGGAUUUGGGGAUUUUCUCUCUGCAAAUCCUCUCAAGCUCUGUCAGGUUGGGUGGGGAGCGUCGGGGCACAGCCAUUUUCAGGUCUCUCCAGAGAUGUUCGAUUGGGUUCAAGUCCGGGCUCUGGUUGGGCCAGUCAAGGACAUUCACAGAGUUGUCCCUAAGCCACUCCUGCGUUGUCUUGGCUGCAUGCUUAGGGUCAUUGUCCUGCCGGAAGGUGAACCUUCAGCCCAGUCUGAGGUCCUGAGCGCUCUGGACCAGGUUUUCAUUAUGGCCGCACUGCCAUUAAGCCCAGAUUGGUGGUUUGUUGCAGUGAUGGUUGUCCCUCUGGAAGUUUCUCCCAUCUCUACACAGGAUCUCUGGAGCUCAACCACAGCGAACAUCAGGCUUACCAAAUCCCUUCGACCCGAUUGCUCGGGAAGAGUUAAAACAAGAGUGAAUAUUGGACUCGAUGGUGUACACAAACAAGACUCCAAAUGAAUGCCAAUUAUUUGCUCUGUGUCUGGAUAAGUAAAUAGGCAACUGUUUGCUAACAAAUGGGCCAUAUCAACUUUUAUGGAGGUGAUAAUAUGUCUGUUGUCUUCAGCUUGCUGCACUACCCUAAAGUGGCAAAAAAAAAUUAUGUUAAAAAAAAUACAGUUCUACAAUGAAAUGAAUGUGAACUAGAAUCAUUUGUAUGGUUGUAUGCCUCCGCCAACCAGUCAAGAUGCAGUUUACAUCCAUAUCUGUCCAGACUCAGAUGUAGUGAUACUUUAAAGGAAAUGAAUAAAACGUAUAUGUAAA